AGUGAAGGCCAGCAAAUCACUUCUGACACUGUUUUUUGGUAGGCGAUAUCACCAUGAGCCUGUCUGAUGUUAUUACAAUACAGCGGUUGUUGCGCUUGUAGCCCCUCCCUCUCCUCGCUCCUGAUUGGAUACAUUCAGCCGACUCCUCCUGUCAUUGGUGGACUUGUCUAUCAAUCACAUUCGACCGUUCAAAAAGUAGGAGGAGCCGCCUCCCACUUGUCCCAAAGUUUUCCCAAAGUUUGCAGCUCCGUCAAGCUAGACAAAGUAACCGGAAGUAUUCGGUAUAAAUGUAAAAAUAAAACAAAUAUAUCUUUUUUUUUAACACACGGAAAUACGUAGGAUUGGCUUAAGAUAUGGAAUACAGCAAUCGGUAGAAUUGUGUGAAGCGAUAUCGAGCGACAUUUCAGCUGUAAGACAGACUAACGUCUACUUUUUAAACAUCUUGACCGGAAGUUUCAAACGACAUAGUGGGCCUAACUUCGACGAACUUGACACCAACUAAAACUAACUUUCUUCCCUCCCCCCUCUCCCACUCACUCCUUCCUUCCAUCCUCCAUCCAUUCGUUGUUGUUGUGCGAGCGGUGAUGGAGAAGCCGCGGGACCGCUACCGGCGCCGCUAGCUAGCAGCAGUUCGGGCCAGGCUACCAAACCGUCAGAGAGAGAGAGAGAGAGAGAGAGAGAGAGGAAGGAAAGACGGAUACAGCGGAGCGGAGGGAGACAGAGAAUGGAGACGGUAGAGCAGCUCGUCUCUUUCCACCACAUUCAGGUCCAGUUGAGCGGGGGCGCGCCCUGGGGGUUCACGCUGAAAGGAGGGCUGGAGCACGGCGAGCCGCUCAUCAUCACCAAAAUCGAGGACGGAGGGAAGGCCGCCCUGUGCGACAAGCUGAAGGUCGGCGACGAGCUCAUCAACAUAAACGGAUCCGCCCUGUACGGCAGCAGGCAGGAAGCGCUCAUCCUCAUCAAGGGAUCGUACAGGAUACUGAAGCUCACAGUCAGGAGGCGCAGCGUUCCUCUCAUCAGGCCUCACUCCUGGCACCUGGCAAAGCUAUCGGAGCCGCCCCUCCCUCCGCCUCCUCCUCCUCCGUCUCCUCCUCCUCCUCCGCCCUGCCUCCCACCUGCCGACUCCCCUCCUCUCCCCCCUCCUCCCCCUCUGUCUGCCAUGCAGCUCCACCCCGGGCCUUACACACUACCCUGGCACACAUCUGACAACAGUGACUUGUCCUUGCAGUGGGGUCAGCUGUCCAGACCUUACUCCUCCACCGACCGAAGCAGUUCUCUGGGCUCCAUGGAGAGCUUGGACACGCCAACACCUACCACACAGCCGUACUCUGACUCCCAUAAUUCACCCGUGGACCCCACCCUCUUCAACAACAAGAGAGACUCUGCCUACAGCUCAUUCUCUGCCAGCUCAAACACUUCAGACUACGCGACGGUGCCACUGAGGCCCGGAGAAGCCUGCUCCAUGGAUAACCUCCUCCAGAGUCUGGGGCCGGCUUGUCGAGGCUACCCCGGUGGCGAUGCCUCAACCCUGGCGACCUCAUCUGGCGAGACCCCACAUGAGGCGCAGCUUAUCAUGCACAAAUCCAGGUCACUGACCAGGCCAAGACCAAGGCCUGUUGAGAUAAAAGAGAGACCUUCCUCCUGCUGUUAUGAGGAGGAGCGGAGAGGUGGAGACUUUGAGAUUCUAAGAAAUGGAGAAAGGGGCUCUGAGAGAAAGUCAAACCCACCUCAGCCUCCAACCAGGAAGGACAGCUUUAGGGCAACCCGGAGUCGCCCUAAUGUCGCCAACAAACGUUGUGUUUCUGCUCCUCUUGAAAUUUCCAGUGUUUCUAGUUACUACGAUGAAAACAAGUCCUCUCUAAAUGUUGAAUCAGCAAUCCAAAACGGCUUCCCUGCACCGGAAGAGGGUGACAAAACUGGGAAUUUCAAAGAGGAUACUUUAGACUCACAUUAUCUCCAAAGACAGACUGAAGACAUUAGACAUAACAGAUGUGAUACUAGUGCUACUAAAGAGUGCAAUUCACAAACCACCUCAGAAACCCUCUCAGACCCAAUGACAGACUCCCUAGCCCUCAGCACCUCCUCUCCUCCUGGCUCUUUACCUGCAGAAUCUUCCAUAGAGGUUCAAGGGAAGUCUCGCACCAUGCACUCCCAGACCAAGAACUCCGCUACGGGGCUGCAUCGGCACAGUGCCCCCGAGAAGCUCCUUGCCACGCAACUUCAGUUAUUGCAGUUUAAUAGUGACAGUUCUUCGCUGGACCUUUACAGUCAUUUGAACCCUUCUGAUCGUUCCUUGUCCCCUUGUAGCAGUCAGUGGUCCCAUUCAUCACACCAGAGGGAAGACCAGGAAAGUUCUCACAACCAUCUCCAUGCCCAAACAAACAAAUGUGAAGGCAGCCGUUGCUCAACCCCAGGAUCUGUGUUCUUGGAAGGGGAUGAUGAUGUUGGAGGUUCAAGUGAUAGGCUGGAAGGGAUGAGUGUAAAUAGAGUUUGCUUAGCUGCAAAUGAGCAUCACCGCCCUUGCGGUCGCUCUGUGAGCGUACCGGGGGACCCCACUGAAUCGUCAGACGUGGGAAGGUUGGGCUCUGACCAGAUGCUAGAGAGAGAUUUUCAGCCUCUUAGUGCUGCUGCCAGUGUGGACACCUUACUAGAAGAGCAGAAAGCAGUGGACAGAGAAAAAAGGGAUGGUAAAAAAGAGAAUGUUGAAGGAGAGACAAACACGAAGAAGACAAACUCAUCCAAGAACCAUCGUCGCAACCGUCGUCGUAAUGAAAGAUUUGCUACCAACCUGCGCAAUGAGAUCCAGAGGAAAAAGGCCCAGCUUCAGAGGAGCCGCGGUCCAGGAGGGCUGCUCUGUAGUGGAGAAACUGUCCAGGAGGAAGAGGGUCCAGAUCCCAGUGAGGAGGGGACAGAACCAGACCUGCCUGCUCAGGAAAAGAGCACCAAAGUUGUAUCUGCCUCGUCUGUUAGUCCCCAAGAUGCCAGCACCACGGAACCGGUUGAGAAAUCAAACACCUCGAGUGAAUCAAACCACGAUGCCUUGCAGACUCAGCCUCAAACAACAGCCUACAGUGAAAACAACACCCUGUCUAGGUCUGUUCAGAUUCUGGACCCAGGAGUGCCCAAUUUUGGUGUCGGCAUCCGUGUUGUGGAGGAACAAGCUCCUGCUGGCAAAGCUCGACGCUGGCGUUGGACCCCAGAGCAUAAACUGCAGCCCGAACCUGAUCCAGACAGACGGUGUGUGGUUGUGGGUGAGAGGGUGUUGGGAGUCACGGCGUCACGGCAUGGGGUUUGCACCUUCACCUCCUCAUCCACUUCCUCAUACAGUCGCUCCUCUUCCUGUUCUCGGAUGGAGGAGUCAGAUAUACUCCCAUUUGCAGACAGAAUGAAGUUUUUCGAGGAGACAAGCAAGGGCGGGUCUGGGUUAAAUGUCUCAAGCCUGUCGAGUCGCAGGCAGAAGAAGCCCCCCGUCCAUCCAGAGUUUCAGGGAGGGGAGCACGGUCAGCACCCAACACAAAGAAGAUACUCAUACCAGGGGGGACUUCAGCAGGAAGCCCUGCUUCCAAAUACUGUAGAACCCCGGAGGCUGUCUGUGAGUACCAGCAGGGAGAGGCAGAAAGAGAAGGAGAGGGAACAAGCGAGAGAAAGGGAGGAGAGGGCAAGGGAGAUGGAAGAGAGGUUGAGAGAAAGGGAGAGGCAGCAGGAGAGGGAAUUAGAAAUGGAGAGGGCAAGGCUGAGGGAGAUUCAGCUGGAGAGGGAACGAGAGGAGAGGGUGAGGCAGUGGGAGAGGGAGAGGGAGCUUGAGUUUGAGAGAGAGAAAGAGAUGGAGAGGGCCAGAGAGAAGGAACGUCUCAAAAAAGAAAGAGAGAGAGAGCUUGAGAGAGAAAGAGAGAAGCUGAGGGAAGACGAUGCUCAGCUCGCAUCACAUCGAGACUUUUAUGGCGGUCGUGGCAUCACAGAAGAAGAUCAAGACUUCCAGCGUGAGGACAACUUCCACAGCCUCCAGCCUCAGCCUCAGGCUUUCCCCCAUGCCCAAACCCAGAAUCAAGCCUCACGAUCCGCUUUUUAUCCUGUAAACGCCCCUUCCCAGCCCCUGGAGAACUGGCAACCUCUUCACACAGCGAGGAGCUGCACACCUACAGAGACGUAUCCCGCCCGGCGACAGGAAACGGCCAAGCUGAACAGGAAGUACAGCCUGACUGAGAGGGACUACUCAAGCUGGAGACGGGAGUCCAGACCUCCAGAGAGCCUUAAUCAGUAUCAUCAGCACCCCCACCAGGCUCGAUGGGGCCCCAGACAGGCUGACAGCAGCAACGAUGACCGCAACGGAUAUUCGUUUGCCCCCCCGCCGGCUCCUCUCUCGCACCGAGGACGAGCCAUGUCCGAAAACGACCUCCGCUUUGACAGCAGCCACCGCUGGUCUCCGUCGAUAUCCAUAGCCACCAGCCAGACUCUGAGCGAGGUGGAGGAAGGAGCUGGUGGCGUCAGAGUCGGAGUAGCCGCCAAGGAUGACCAGACUAACAGGAAGAAGACGCCGCCUCCCCCGAGACCACCGCCACCGAAGUGGGAGCAGUUCCACCGCAGGCGAGCUUCUCAUCACACCCUGUUCUCUUCCUCUUCCUCCACUGCUCCUCACUCCAUCCCUCCUUCUAUCAACGCUGCAGAGGGACACUAUUCAACACACUCCUCCUCAUACGUCCCUCCGGCUGAGAUGUCCAGACAGAGGUCCUACAGCCUUCCUCCAGAGAGGCAGGAAGUGUCAGAGAGCUGCCCACGCUGCAGCUGCAGCUGCAGCCAAACUCAAACCCGAGAGCACGCGUUCUCCCACGCCUCAACCAAUCAGAAUCAGCUGCAGAUCCAGGAACACCCAUUCUCCCACACUCCGUCCAAUCAGAAUCAAGCUCAACUUCAGGAACAGCCCUUUACCGUUGCCCCUCCCAGUCCGAUGUUCUCCAGGAGGGCCUUCAGACCGGUGGCUCCGCCCCAGAGAGAGAGGGACAUGAGGAGCACGUAUGGUGGACAGCAGGAGAGGGCGGAGCUUUUCUCAUCUCUGCCUCCUCCUCCUCCUCCACCACCGACAGAGAACAGUGUAGGCAGUUUAUCUGAAGCCAACUUCAGCCGCAGCCCCGACCAGGACAGAGUAACGUUGAAACCUCAUAAACAGCAGUCCGGCUUGAGACCAGGAGCCGAGUGGGCGAGGGCUUCAUCUCCCAGAGUUCAUACAACAUGUCCACCUGUCUUAGAAAAUGGAGGCGUUGGUGCGGUUUUGCCUCCUCGGUCCUUCUUCGAAGUUGACUGUGAGCAGCAGCAGCAGCAGCUCCUCAUGAGCAGAGGCUUUCAGAGCAUUGAUCCGCAGAAGAUGCCUGAACCAGGAACAGAAUCAGAGACGACCCUCAGCCCGAGUCCUGCCCACAGCCUGGACGCAGACCUGGACAUCCCUAUGGAAACAGACAUCGAUGAUUUCCAGGAGGACGAGGUUCUUCCAGCAGACCACGAGCCGAUCACCAGCGAGCUCCCUUGCUUCGCGCUGCCGGUCACGGUCUUGGAGACGGACAUCGACACCUCGCCGGACUCCGAUGCCUCGCCGUCGGGCAGGAUGAGAGUGGAGAGCAGCUCUCUGGAGGAGGAGACCGGGGAGAGCAGCAGGGAGAGGCUGAGCCCGGAGGAGCUCUUCCCCCACAGCAGUGAGGGAGAGUCGGGCACAGAGAGCUGGAGAGGAGCCUACCACCCCUCAGAGCACAACACAGACAGCUUGGAUAGGCGGUCCGGCGCGAGCUCCAGCUGUUCGUCCUAUUACAGCACGUCGGCCGCCAAAGCUCAGCUCCUGUCGCAGAUGAAGGACUUCGCUGAUAACAGAGAGAGGGAUGACGACGGCGACGAUGAGCUCACCUACAAGAAACAGCUGAUGGAGAGCCUCCGUAAGAAGCUGGGGGUGCUGAGAGAAGCUCAGAGGGGACUGCAGGACGACAUCAGAGCCAACGCACAGCUGGGAGAGGAGGUGGAGAGCAUGGUGGUGGCCGUGUGCAAGCCCAACGAGGUGGACAAGUUCCGCAUGUUCAUCGGCGACCUGGACAAGGUGGUCAGCCUGCUGCUGUCGCUGUCCGGGAGGCUGCUGAGAGUGGAGACCACGCUGGAUACGCUGGACCCCGAGACGGAGCACCACGAGAGGCUCCCCCUGCUGGAGAAGAAGCAUCAGCUCAUGAGGCAGCUGUCGGAGGCCCAGGACCUGAAGGACCACGUCGACCGCAGAGAGCAGGCCGUCAGCCGGGUGCUGGCCCGCUGCCUCUCCCCCGAGCAGCACAGAGACUACAGCCACUUUGUGAAGAUGAAGGCCGCCCUGCUGGUGGAGCAGAGGCAGCUGGAGGACAAGAUCCGGCUGGGAGAGGAGCAGCUGAGGGGGCUGAGGGAGAGCCUGGGCCUGGGGCUGGGGAUCGGUAUGGGAAUGUCCAUGGGAUACGGACAUUACUGAAAAGAGAAGCUAAAGAAAUGAAGAAGAAGAAGAAGAAGAAGCGGGGGCCGAGUCCAGUGUAAGAUGUGAAAGAGUUAACACCUGAUAUCUGGAUUUGGUCCCGGUCUGCAACUCAACAACUCAAACACCCACAAGAGUUUUUAGGUAGGUGGGGAAAACUUGACUCCAACACCCAGUGAAGGCCAAGACCAACACAGGAGGUGUCAAAAAAAAAUACUGGACAUAAGCGCCACUUCCCAAAAGCAAAAAAAGACCAAGAAGAAGAAGAAGAAGAAAACAGAGCGUGGACUCACAAAAGACUUCAGAAAUCAGAUAAAUCUGCAAACACGCCAGAGACGUUAUUUACAACUCAUCCCCCCAGAACUGUGAUUGGAGAGCGGAGAGCUCGUUGGUGCUUUGAAAAGAGGAUGACAGGAUCUGGAUGAUGUUCAGAUGGAAAGAAAAGGGGAUGUUUUCUCAGAUUUCACCCAAGUGAAAAGAUGAAACGGGAGCAAAGAUUCAAGUUGAGGUCGUCACAUCAUUUUUCAAAACCCUAUACUAAAGAAAAUAAAUAAAUAAAUAAAACACUGCCUGUUAACCACAUGUUUAGUUUCCGAGGCCACAGAAAGGACUGCUUCACAUUACGUGUACUGUAAAACUAACGACACUACACUUAAAUCUAACCAGCAUCACACCAUGUUGCCAAAGAUGUUUUCUCUUGAUGAAUGUGUCGCCGAGACGCUGCUUUUGUGUGUGUGUGUGUGUGUGUGUGUGUGUGUGUGUGUUUUCUUUUGUAUUUAAAUCUCCCGGUUCAGAGAAUCGAGGUGCGGUGCUUCACACUAAGAGACUGUGUUUCCGUUAGCAACACUAAAGUCAGUGUCGUGAGAUGCCGUUUGCUGCAUUAUUAACUGCCAUUGGGAAGAAAAGUCUUUUCUCUUUUUGUUUUCACGUUUGUUGCUGGCUGACACCCGCAUUCAGCAGUACAUAUACUGUAUUAUCUUCCGUAGUACUACUAUCAUAUCCCUUUGUACUCCCAUUACUGUAAUGUCUGCGGCUGUAACAUGUUUUACUGCGUGGAGUUUGACACUCCACCGGCUCGUUUAACUGUCACAUAUUAACUGUACAGAAGACACGUGUGUUUAUAAUGUAUACGAUGUGUAUAUAGUGAUUCUGAUUUGUGAAAUGACUGGACAUGGUUGUAAAAAAAAAAAAAAAAAAAAAAGAAGAAGAAGAAAAAUUGGUUGUAAAAGAUGAACGAGAAGUCCGGGAAGAGUCGACGUUUACUGUUUAUUUCUUUUGAAACCCGAGCAGCGUUUGGUUUGUCUCUGAAGCGGCUGCAGUUUUUGCUCUGGAGCUCCUUCAGAUAUUUGCCCCCCCUCCCCCCCACUUGGUCUCAUGCUGCUUCCGGCUGACCUUCGGUUUAUGCAGUUAAUAUUUACUGGAGCCCGUUGUUUAAAGAACACUUCAUUGUUGAGGGUCAGAUGAGAAGAUCGGCCCAAAAUGUCUUUUGGGGUUGUUUUGGCUGUUGAGAGGUGGACUUGCUGAACUUAAGUGUUUCACUGGUUAGCUGUUGAUCAAUUAAACUGUGGUCUGGUAAACCUGCAGCUUAGAGUGUAUUAAAAAUGACAGUUUUUGUUCAUGUUCUUAAGUUUGUUCCCACACGUUCCUGCUGUUUUAAUGCCAAACAACUGAACUUAUAAAGUCCACAUAUUCCCGCUUUGUUCUGUGGAAAAUACGCUUACUCUUGUGCUGGAUUUCCUAAUGCGACUGGACACCUACUGACGACAGAGGACCAGCAGGAGUGCAUAUUCCUCAUGUUUGUGUUUUCCUAUGUAAUUCUGAUUUAUUGCAAAACCCUUUUUCUUUUCUUUUUUUUUCUUUUUUUUUUGGUAAAAUGCAUUACAGAUUUUGUAACUGCAAAAACACGCCAGCGAGGAAAAAGAAGAACCAUAAAUAAUAAGAAUAAUAGUAUUUUAAACUAG